GUGAUCCUGAAGCAUACCAAGUUCAACUUGUGUUCCUUUUGGCAAGAAGUGAUCAUUGAAAGACUACAGCGUAAAAUUCAAAGUAAUUAUGAUAUGGAAACCCUUUAUAUAUAUGAUGAAUUGAGUAAAUUUUAUGGAAAACAGUUUCGCUUACCCUACACUGGUCAGACUAUUGAGGCAACGUUCUCGCAACAUCGAAAAGACGUUCAAUGGAGAAAGAUCAAGAGGAAAAAAGCAAACGUUGAAACAUGUUGUAAAACAUUAGAUGUUACGGAUGUGGAUGAAGAGUCAGAUUAUAGUGAAACUGAAGACUCAUGUGAAAUGCUUGAUUUUACAGAAUUUGAUGAAUCUUAUAUAGUGAUAGAUCCCGAAAAAAUGUAG